CCUCUCACUUUCACAAUCCAUCACCAUGGCUCGAUGCGAAAAACGCAAUUAAAAACUUCUGCUUGGGCGUAUCUGUCAAUACUACGAGAGGAGGAAGCUCACUACCCUAUCUUUCUUUCAUCUCUUCUCCCUCUCUCCCCCCUCUCCUCCCCCACCGAGUCGCCGUCCCCUCGUUUUCACCCCACGCGGAAGCAAGAAUUCUUCGCCAAAAUCCCACCUUGCGCGUGUUUCUGUGGAGUUCUUGGGAUAUAUUUGGUGCUAUGGAAUUCUGAUCCGUGGUUUCGUGGACCUUGGGAGGAGGAGGUGGGGCGUGUGGCCGGCGGCGAUCUGGCGGGGAGGAGAUGGCCGGCGGGAAGGAGCCGAUCGAGGUCAGGUUCCGGCUGUUCGACGGCACGGACAUCGGGCCCAGCAAGUACGACCCUUCCACCACCGUCUCCGCGCUCAAGGAGUUCAUCCUCGCUCGGUGGCCGCAAGCAGAUAAGGAUAUAGCUCCAAAAACUGUCAAUGACUUGAAGCUUAUCAAUGCUGGAAGGAUACUGGAGAAUAACCGGACACUUGCUGAGUCUCGUGUUCCAGUAGGAGAGGUCCCAGGAAGUGUAAUUACAAUGCAUGUGGUAGUACGACCUCCACAAGCUGAUAAGAACAAGAAGCAGCUGGCCAAUUCCCCCAAGCAGAACAGAUGUGGAUGCACCAUACUGUGAUAAGAUGGCUGCUUGAUGCUGUACAAUUUGUGUAGUUCUAGGAUUUUGUAUAUGCUUUGUUGUGUUCACACGAGUGUGAAUUCAUUUUGACAUCCAAUUCUUGAAGCCAUUCAAAUCCUAGAAAUAUAUAUACAAAAUACCCGCAAGUAUGCCUUGGAAUGAAGAUUUCUCGAGGAUGCAUUGUGAUCGUUAUGCUGUAACGAGCGGGAGUUGAGGAUUGGAUGCUUCCUUUUGUACAAAUUGUAAUGUCAAAACGUGAAAUACUUUUCUUUUUCUUUUUCUUUUUUCUAAGUUGACUUUAUAUCGAUUCUUUUUAGCUCCGUUGUUUUGUCUCAUGUAACAGAAAUAUUGUACUCAGAUAUAUGUAACUUGUAAAAGGAGCACUAUUUAUGCUGUCA